AUGUAUCGGAACAGCAACGUGGGAUGGUUCCUUCGCAAGCCCAACUGGAAGAACAUACAGCUGCACCAGUUCGAGAAGAACCUGUACCAGGAACACCCGCACACGGCAGGCCGUUCGAUGGCCGAAGUGGAAGACUACAGAAAUGCCAACAGUGUAUCGGUGAAAGAGAACGACGUGCCGAAACCCAUACUCGCCUUGGAAGAGUCCAACUUUCUGGACUACCUCAUCAAGGCAAUAGAGGCACAACACGACUACACGUCACCAACGUGCAUCGAGGCCCACUGCUGGCCCAUCGCACUCUUUUGCAGGAACUUUCUUGGCAUAGCGGAGACGGGAUCACACAAGGCGCUCGCCUACGUCCUUCCGGCCGUCAUACACGUCAGCCGCCAGCCUCCCCGGCAACGGCACGAAGGCCCCAUCGCCUUAGUCGUAGCUCCGACGCGCGAACUGGCCAAGCAGAUUCACAUCGUGGCCUCAGAGCUCGGCGAGCACGCCGGGUUGGGCAGCGUGUGCGCCAACAGCGUGGAAAUAACAGUCGACGUGUGCCAAGAAGAAGAGAAAGAGGCGAAAUUCGCCGAACUAUUGGAGGACGUCCUCAAGAAGAAGACAGACAGAGCCGUGGUGUUCACUGAGAGGAGGUGGAAGGUCGAGGAGAUUGCCCUCCAGCUGCGACAACGUGGCUGGCCCGCCAUAAGCCUUCACGGCAAGAGGGACAAAGAGGAGCGUGAAUGGGUCUUGUCAUUGUUUAGCAGCGUUGCAGAGACGGUGCUUGUGACGACUGACGUGGUUGUGCAGGACGCGGAGUUGGGAAAAGUGCGGAUGGUGGUGAACUAUGACUGUCCGGGCUGCUCGAAAGUCUACGCGCACAGGUCAAGGCACGCGCAGCUCGAUAACAAACCGGGCGUGGUGUACACGUUCGUUGUUCCCACCCAACAUAGGCAGGCCGAUACUCUGGUGGAAAUUUCGGACGACGCAAAACAACCCAUCAGUCCUGAAUUCUACGGAAUUGUGAAAAAUGUUUCUCUCAAGCAGUAA